AUGCGGCCCCGUCUAGUCCAGAAAUACGAUAACUACCUCACGCAAGCACUCAAGCUAGGCGACAAGAAGUCUCCUGUUUGGGGCCUCCUCUACAGUACCGAGUUCUUCAUGAUCUUUAGCGGCUACGCACUGUGCUUUUGGCGAGGGGUGCACAUGUAUGCCGAUGGAGAGAUUAAAGGGCCCGGAACCGUCAUCACCGUACUGUUCUCUAUCGUCAUCGCUGCCUCUUCCUUGACGCAGAUCUCACCGUACUUCACCGCAUUCGCCAAGGCUGCUUCAGCCGCAAAUGACCUGUUUGUCACGAUCGAUAGGCAACCACUCAUCAACGCGCUGGAUGAAUCUGGGGAUUGCCCUGAGAAGGUCGAUGGGGCAAUCGAAGUGUCUGACCUCUCCUUUUCUUACCCUACCAGGCACGAUGUGCAAGUGCUUCGUGACUUCACAUUGGCCUUCCCGGCUAGAAAGACGACAGCACUCGUAGGCGCGAGCGGCAGUGGCAAGUCCACUAUCGUUGGCCUUUUAGAGAGGUGGUAUACUCCAACGUCCGGCUCGAUACGUAUCGAUGGCCGGCCAAUCGAGACACUUAAUAUUAAUUGGCUCCGAACUCGCAUUAGAAUGGUUCAGCAGGAACCUGUUCUAUUUAAUGGUACUGUAUUUGAGAAUGUGUGCAAUGGUCUCACGGGCACACAAUGGCAAGAUUCGCCUCGAGAGUCCAAGAUGGAACGCGUCAUCAAAGCAUGCAAAAUGUCUAAUGCCCAUCAGUUCAUCUCCCAGCUUCCAGAAGGAUAUGAGACGCAAGUGGGUGAGCGAGCUGGGUUACUGUCUGGAGGUCAAAAGCAACGCAUUGCUAUUGCUCGUGCUACUAUUUCCGACCCCCAGAUCCUGUUACUCGACGAAGCUACCAGCGCCCUAGACCCAACCUCGGAAGGCCUAGUCCAGAAGGCAUUAGAUCAGGCAUCAGCAGGGCGUACUACGAUUGUCAUCGCUCACAAGCUAGCGACUAUCAAAAACGCCGAUAACAUCGUUGUCAUGUCGAAGGGUGAAGUUUGUGAGUCAGGAACCCAUAGCCAGCUACUUGGUAUGAACGGAGCAUACGCGCGAUUAGUCAAGGCCCAAGACCUCGAGUCCAAUCAGAAACAACACAGUGAUACUGAAGCCACUGAAACGGGAGACGAAGGCGAGAAGGAGGAUACAGGGCUCAAGCAGGUCCACACCUCAGCGAGUCAUCGAAUAGGCAUUUCUUCAGCAUUGCAACAACAGGAGCUCCUUGACUACAGCAACUGGAAAAAGCGAGGCAUUGUGAGGGUGGUUUGGUCAUCACUUGUGGAACAAAGAUCUCUCUGGCCCACGCUAUUUCUCAUGUUUCUCAUGUGUCUUGCAGGAGGUGCCGUGUAUCCCGGCCAAGCCCUCGUCUUUGCAGAGCUGAUGAAUGUAUUCACCUAUUCUGGCUCAAAACUACGGUCCAAAGGAGAUUUCUUUGCUCUCGUAUUUUUCAUCAUUGCCAUCGGCAACCUCAUCAUUUAUUUCGUUCUUGGAUGGUUCUGUAACACCAUCGGCCAGAGAAUGACCCAGUUUUAUCGUCGCGAAAUGCUUGAAGCAAUCCUCUCUCAGGACAUUCAAUUCUUUGAUCGUGCUGAGAACACAACUGGAGCACUUACAAGUCGCCUAUCGUCUCAACCGACGCAACUCCAGGAACUCAUGGGUUUCAAUCUCUCAUUGAUCUUCAUCGUUAUCAUCCAGAUUGUCGCCAUGAGUAUCCUCGCAAUCGCGACAGGCUGGAAGUUGGGCCUUGUCGUCGUCUUGGGCGGUCUUCCUCCACUUCUUUUCGCUGGCUACCUUCGCAUACGACUUGAGUUCAGGCUCGACGAGGAAACAGGAAAAAGGUUUGCAAACAGCUCGGCGCUUGCAGGGGAAGCUGUCGCUGCAAUCAGAACCGUCGCCUCCUUGGCACUCGAACGACAGAUCUUGGAUCAAUAUCGCAACAUGAUCAAUGGCAUUGUGCGAACUUCUAUCCCGUCGAUCCUGCAUUCCAUGUUCUGGUUCGCCCUCUCGCAAUCUAUUGAUUCACUUGUACUUGCUCUAGGAUUCUGGUACGGUUGCCGCUUGUUGUCUUUCAACGAGUAUACGAUGCGUCAGUUCUACAUUGUCUUCGUUGGUGUCUUCCUCAGUGGCCAGGGAGCGGCACAAUUCUUCAUGUAUACAACCAGCAUUACCAAGGCUGUCUCGGCGGGCAACUACAUGGCUUGGGUCAGGUCAUUGAAGCCAAUCGUAACAGAAACACCAGACAACCACGACAAAGGUCCUUCAGACUCUCCAGACUCCAUGAUAUUGGAUAACGUCAGAUUCACCUACCCCACAAGACCCGACACGAAAGUACUGGGUGGCAUUUCAAUGACGAUCCAACCUGGAGAGUUUGUUGCAUUUGUUGGCAGCUCGGGAUGUGGUAAAAGCACCAUGAUAUCCAUGCUCGAACGAUUCUACGAUCCUUCUUCCGGUUCUAUUAACCUCGGCGCACAGAAUAUUGCGUUGCUCAAUCCACGUCUCUACCGGGGACAUACUGCAUUAGUGCAGCAAGAGCCAAUGCUCUACCAGGGCACUAUCCGGGAGAACAUUUCCUUGGGGUUUGAGAACACAGAAGCUCUCACUGAUGGCAUGAUUAUAAACGCUUGCAAAAAAGCUAAUAUAUACACUUUCAUUGAGUCCUUGCCUGAAGGACUGGAUACGCAGUGUGGUUCACGAGGACUCUCACUAUCUGGAGGCCAGCGUCAGCGUAUAGCAAUUGCUAGGGCUCUUGUGCGUAACCCUGAUAUCCUGUUUCUGGAUGAGGCCACAUCAGCACUAGAUACAGAGAGCGAGAAGAUUGUUCAAGAAGCAUUGGCAGAAGCUGCAGCUUGUGGGAAACGUAUUACUAUCGCUGUCGCUCACCGUCUCUCUACCAUCAAGGAUGCAAACUGUAUUUUCGUCUUCCUUGGCGGCAGAAUUGUAGAGUCCGGUACACACGCAUCACUAAUGCAGAAGGGUGGGAUCUAUUACCAGAUGUGUCAGGCACAAUCUUUGGAUAAAGGCAUAUAGGAUGCGAGAGCCUGGGGAUGUUGAAGGGGUUUAAGGAGCGGGAGCUAAAGCAUGGGACGGAUUAGAAGAAAACAACUAGACUGAUUAUGUUCUCUUGUAAACUUAGAUUAGAUCAAUAACUCCUCUUAAUAUUUCU